AUGGCAUACUCAGGUCGACUAGCUGUCAUCGCCGGUGGCCUAGGCGGCCUAGGCACAGCCAUUGCCCAAAACCUCCGCCGCAAAGGAGCUCACCUCGCUCUUCUCUACGCCCCAUUCGAAGCAUCCCGUCGUGAAGAAGCUCUCUCAACAGCUUUCCAAAGCAAAACUCCCGAAAAAGUAACCACGAUUGAAUGCGAUAUCACCUCAGAUACAAGCGUAGCUGAAGCCUUUGAGGCAAUUGAAGCCCUCGCCGAGGAGAGGAGUAUCUUCCCGUCUAUCUGUAUUAACGCUGCUGGGUAUGUAUCAGUACAACCAUUAGCCGAAACAUCGGCGGAAGAAGCACGUAAAAAUAUCGUGCCUAACCUGCUGGGGCCGAUGAUCGUCAGUCAGGCUUUUUACAGGCUAUAUACGACUCACAGAUCGGCGCGGGAGUUUCACAUCAAUGACAAGACUGUGUCGAAGCCGCCGGGUCGGAUUGUUAGUAUUUCGUCGCAGGCUGCGCACGUGGCGCUGGAUGGUCAUGGUCCGUAUUGUGCGUCAAAGGCUGGUCUGAAUGCGCUUACGAGGUGUAUGGCGCUUGAAUGGGGUCCGGUGGGGAUUACGAGUAAUACUGUCAGUCCGACUGUGGUGUUGACUGAGCUUGGGAAGAAGGCUUGGGCGGACCCUGAAAAGAGGCAGGCUAUGGAGAGUAUGAUACCUACAGGUCGUUUCGCUUUGCCAGCUGAGAUUGCGGCUUCGGUCGAGUAUUUGUGCCGGGAUGAUAGUGGGAUGGUUAAUGGUGCGGAUCUAAGGGUCGAUGGAGGGUUUACGAUCAGGUAG